UCAGUUUUAUCAAACGGAACCUAAGCCUAUAAUUUAAAACUCGACUCAAUUUUUUCGUAAUCGAAACCCAUCAUUUAUCACAACUUCGACAAAAACGAGCCCUUAAACCCUCUUGAAUUUUGAGCAGAUUUCGAAGGAGAAGAAGAGUUCACUGUUGCCAUUACGCCAGAACUACCUUGCACCAAAAUCAUAACCGACAAAGCAUUGUAACAGUUCUCUUCUUUCUCUGGCUUCCAGCCAACAAUAUAUGGACUGGGCUUUCGUGCACAGAAUCUGGGAAAAAUGGGCAUCCAACAGUGUUGGUUCUCCAGGGCUUCCUCUAAAGGCUGCUCUGUUGAUUAAUUAUGACCCAACUGGACCUUCUCGCCUCCUAUCUACAAUUGUAGAGCAAGAAGCUGUAAAAGCAGAUCCAAUGGAAUUGAGUCAAUUUGUUAGUUUCGUCAAAAGAAACAAACUUCAGGCUGAGAGCUUCUUUAUCGGACAGAAUCAAUAUCUUGUCACAUCCAUUCAUGAGAGCUGGUUCAGUGCAAGAUGCAUGAACACCUCGAAAGCUGCUGGGGAAGGUGCUAUUGUGAUGCAGACUGCGGCAUUUCUCUUGGUUGGACUAUACGACGGUUCCAUUGGCUCAGCAUCUCGGGCUAUGGUGGCUGUUGAUCAGUUUGCAUUGCAGUUAAGUCGAAGAAACCUUUGAGCUUAAUGUGUAAUGCUGGAACUUAUCUGGAUUCAUUUAUUGGUGUUCAGCAUUGAAGGUGCUUAUCCUUUCGAAGCAGGUCCUGGAGAUGCUGGGGUAUUGGCAGGUGCUGUGGAUGUUGGGUAUUAGUUGGUACUGGAAGGUAAGUCAUGAAGUUGUACCCACGGUACUGAUUCAGAUCUGCCAGGAGUCUUCUUUCACCUAGUCAAUUACUUGACCACCGACUGGGUGUAAUUUUACUUGAAUUGUAACUGACUACGCUACUGAGGUUCUGAUGCUAUCUGUAGCUGGAUGCAUUAGGUCCUUUUUGGAGGCAAAUACUUGUGUUGUCAAGUGAUCUCCCAACAGCUCAUUUGCACCUUGCUCGAAUGCAGGUUUGCAUUACCAGAUUUGUGGUAGUGUUCAAGUCCAUGGAUGUUCUGUUAUGCCUAUAAUUUAGAUUUGAAAUUACUUUUAUAUUAGAUGACAUUUUCUACCAA